CGGGCGCGGUGUUUAUGGUGUUGUGCACAGCAAACAACGUACAGUUUCCUGGGUGGACGUCCGAUUGGCGCAAUAUGGUGGCCACUGAUAACAGCAGCUGCUAUCGGUGAUUUCGGUGCACUUUGGUGGAAUCGAAUCGUGAACGUCAGCUCUCAACACGCCGAAAGGAAACCCCCCGCGUUAGCGAACGAAAAGUGACACUGUGAAAGUGGGUGAAUCCGGAGAAGUUUUCGCACCAAAUUUGCGCGCCCCGUCGGGUACGAUUCGGAAAGCGUUCAGAGCGUCCAGAGCGUUGACAUACGAUGGCUACACACAUGGACCACUCGGAGCAUCACGAUUACUCGCGCUUUGCCAAUAUGUCCGGCCCGGGGACGGGGGCUGGCCAUGGUGGCCACGGCCAGGUCGAUCACAGUGCGCACGAUCACCCGAUGGCAGCGCCCGGGGGCCACGGUGGGCACGGUGAUCAUCACGGGCACGGCGGUGCCGGCGGUGACGGAGUCUCCGGAAUGGUUCACCACAUGAUGUCGAUGUCGUUUCACGGUGGCUACGAUGAAACGAUCUUGUUCGAACAGUGGAAAAUCGAUAGUCUCGGCGGGUUGCUGUGGUCAAUGUUGGCCAUCUUCGUAAUGGCCGCCCUGUACGAGGGGCUCAAGUACUACCGGGAGCAUCUAUUCUGGCGGACGUACAACGCCCUCCAGUACCGGCCAGUGACGGUGACGGAAAAGAGCAACGGCAACGGUGUGUCGGGAGCAUCCGGCGUCGAACGUGGCGGCGGUGGCUCGGCGGACGGCCUGAGCGUCCUGCCGUCGGCCAGUGGUGGUGGUGGCGGUGGCAGUGUGCUGAACGAGGACAGCACCCGCGUCGUGCAUAUGGUCGGUGAGGUGAUCCACAGGCAACCGCCGACGAUGCUGUCGUUUAUGCAUCUCUACCAAACGCUACUGCACAUCGUGCAGGUCACGCUGAGCUUCCUCCUGAUGCUGAUCUUUAUGACGUACAACACGUGGCUCUGCCUGGCGGUGGUGCUCGGAGCAGCCCUUGGCUACUUCCUGUUCGGUUGGAAAAAAUCAGUCAUCGUAGACGUCACCGAACACUGUCACUAAAGUACGCGUAAACAGGGAAACGCGUAUCCUCCGUUCAGUCCCUACGGCUCAUCGGGUGGACCUGUUGCGCGCGACAUCGACCCGUUAUUGUUAGGCGACUCGCUCAGUCGACACGGUUAUGCCCCAGCGGAAUAGGGAUUGAGUGAUAAGAUGAUAGAUCGUUAGGUUUUCACCGUGCAAUGUAGAGAACAGAGCGUACAGAAAGGUUUAUGAAUCUGCACGGUGAUUAGAGUAAAAUGCGCGGAAUAAUGACAUGGAAACACUUGCUUCGGGCGAGUCCACCACUUCCGAAUGCCCACGAACAAAGCCACGUUCUGCACCUAUCAUCGAGUACUGCUUGACCGCCAAACGGGCCGGCCUCAAACGAUGUGAUUUGCUAUGCUCAACAAAGAGAAAGUGUAUAGUGAAAAUAUUAUGGUUUCUCGAUUUCGGUUGCGACAAGAAUAGCAAGAAAACAUACAUUUUGUAAAUACAUAAUCGAAACAAGGCUACAGGCGUGUUGUGGGCCCGAACUGUAAUGGCGCGAACGGUCAUCGUGAUGAGCGAGCGGAAGGAAGCAACAGAUAGGAGCAACGGCAUGAAACACAUGCACACAGAAACUAGUAUAUUUGAGCUUUUUAUCGUACCAGUACGAGAGAGUGGAAUGUGUAAAUCAUAUGUAGGAGGAAUUGAAUUGUGGCUGUUGAUGGUUGUUUCACUAGAUGUUUUAAACAUAGAUGGAAAGUGAAACCAUCGCUCUAAAGACACCCGUUGGUCCGGGCUCAUUACUGUGGACUGUACGUGGCGACCGUUGUAACUAUUUGCAGUCCCAUCCUAACCCAUCCUGUGGGUUCCUAAGCUCUUGGGCCAUUGUUUUUGUCGGCAGCGCAGCGUUUCGCUUUUUCGAUUAUGAUUUGAUCAGCCACUUCUUCGCCUUUUUUGUCCGUUGAAAUCCUGAUUUCGAUACAACAUUUACCAUAUUCGUGAAUAUGAAACAAAUUAGAAAACCCGAAAAAGUGUUUAGAAACAAAUGUGCAGUGCUGAGAGCGGCAUAGGGGAAUAGGAUUGCGGAUCAAGCUAAAGUUAGUUAGGGUUAUUAUAUCGAAUGUUCCGUCGAGAAUGGAAAGAUCGCUUUGUUUCGGACGAGCGCUUGGCUGCCGCGUGAAGAUGAUGUGCUCUUGUUUUGCUACGCUCAACUUAUUGGUCAUUUUUGUCUCGUAUGCUUCAUUUUCGCUUUUGUUUUCAUCUAUACCCGUUACCCAUUUAUCUCCUAGAUUAGAUUGUUAGAUUUUAACGAAACGAUAGUGAUUUAUUCUCUUUUUUAUACAAAAUAAAACGAAAA